UUAAUUUAUCUGGUUUCACUGACUGCAUCAAACGAAUUCGACUAAUUCUCAGUCUAGCCUUGGGCAUUCUAGGGCCAUAAGACGGCAAUAAAAGAGCAUAAGAAAUUCUGCAAGAUGAACAACAACCCAAAACUGGAUUUUGGCCAAAGGUAUCAUGUCUACUGGAUCUCCCAGUGACACCGAGGAGUUUCAGGAAAUGGAAUUACAGGGGCUUCAUCUUAAGUGUAACGGGUUGAAACACGAGUCGAACGAGGCGGAAUUCUAUCUCUCUGCUGAAGACACUGACGAGUCGAGCUCUGAAUGCGGCUCCAAGAGGAAGAGGCGAGGGUCUGUGAGGAGAAAGCAACUGGCCAGGCUGGGCAAAGAGGGCAAGCAAUCACAGAGAAACGCCGCCAACGCCCGGGAGAGAGCCAGGAUGCGCGUCCUGAGCAAAGCCUUCUCCAGGUUAAAGACCAGCCUGCCCUGGGUUCCCUCGGACACCAAACUGUCCAAGCUUGACACCCUCAGACUGGCAGCUAGCUACAUCGCACAUUUAAGGCAAAUCUUAGCAAAUGAUAAAUACGAAAAUGGAUACGUUCAUCCGGUAAAUCUGACCUGGCCAUUUGUGGUCUCAGGAAGAUCCGAAGUAGAUAGCAAAGAUCUCUCUACCACCUCUAGAUUGUGUGGGACAACAGCUUAACAAAAUAAGCUUAACUCCACCAUCAGCAGCUAAAGUUUGGCCAAACUGAUCAUGCGGAUGCUCCAUGGAAAUGAUGGAGGGUGGCAUCACUACUUCGUUUUCUUAAAAUAAAUGCGUUUUGACUGCACGCUUUGCAGGACAAAGCUAUUGUUUGUUUAAAAGUAAUUGUUUUAGGAUGAGGAAAGUUACAAUGCACUGUACGCCUGCCUCAUCCGACCGCCCAGAACAUUGUCCAGUCCUGUUGCAUUUAUGGAUGACCUUUUUCACACACAGCAUAGAUUAAGAUACCAGGAAGCUGUACUCCACGCACUGAAAGUACAUUCAACAUUCUUUUUAAAGUUGAAGACUUAGCAGUAUUAACCAACGAUAUAUAAAUUGUGAAAUAAUGACAAUACCUAGGAGAAUGAAGUCUUGCUUAAUGUAUAGUAGUUGUAUAGUUGUUUAACAAUGUAUAGUGGUUAUUUUUGUAUUCUUGUAUAUUACAGCUUGGAUGAAGGCACCACUGUUGCCUGCAGUAUUUUGUUAGAAAUUGGUAUUUUGAGUAGUGCUCAAGCACAUAACCUUAUAUUGUAUAGUUAUGGUUUACUCUUUAAAAUGUACAGUUAUUUUGUAUAAAAAAGUUUUCGUUGUUGUUUUAUUUUUUUUAAUUAAUUUUAUAAAAAGAAACAAUAGCACUUUACAUAUUGUCCAUCAAAAAUUGCUUAUCAUGUAAGAUUUACACAUUAAACGCAAUGGUUUGAAUUUGUUUCCACAGAAUCUCAAAACUCUAGACAUUUAAACCUGUAUAUUGUGAGUUUCAGAGAUGUAGCCUGUACAUAUUUGUUCUUACGCAGUUGGCACAGAUUCAGGAAUUAACUUUCAGCUUUGGAGCACAACUGAGGGACUUCACUGUCAUUGAGUGUAUGUGUGUGUGUGUGUGUGUGUUUUAUGGACAUUAUAUGGUGUAAAUAAUUAGUGCAAAAACAAUGGUGUUGUGCUUGCAUGGCACAUUGUCCAACAGACCUACAGUACCAAAGGCGUCUUGGCCAGCAUUUCACAAACUGACGAGGUUUUGCAUCAAGGAGAUCAGGCUCAGCAGCUGAGUAGAAAUGUUACCACUUCCAAGUUUCCCACCAAGAUACACAUCAUCCUUAGACACAAGUCAUAGACUUUUCAUUGCUGCUGAGUCAAAAUCUUUGAACUCUCUACCAGACACACUGUGGGAGUAUUUUCACCACUUGGACUGUUAUUCUGCAAGAUGAAGGUUGACUCUGUCCUUCUUAAUGUUGUCUAAGGAUAUGCUUGAAAUGUUUUCUUCUUUUGGUGCUAACCACAACCUGAGAAGAUCUUGAAAUUACUGCAGUGUGGAAAAUCACCCACAGUCUAUGCCCUAGCACUUAUAUUUUCUAAUUUUUGCUGCAUGAAGUAAGCAAAUGUGUAAAUGUGAACUC